AUGCGUGGAAGUCGGGAGCAGUUGACGCAUAUCUUUCUGGCGGUGGCUGCCUCCGAGUCCAGACCGCGAGUGGUGGGUCGCGUCGUACCCAAUACCCCCGAGGUCCCUUCCACCGCGCUGCAGCCGGAUGAGCGCGUCGUGAGACGUGCCAGCCCAGGUGCGGGCAAGAUACGGGGCGUCCCGUGA